AUGGCAUUCACUUUUUUCUGUAAUGUUUCACUUCCUCUCUUGAUAAGCCUUAUGUUCUUCCUACCUCUGAUUACCAUCAAUUCAUCUGAGCCUCUGAUAUCAAGCUACAUUGUGCACACUGAUAGCCAAUCGAGGCCUUCUCGGUUCUCAACUCAAGAUGAUUGGUAUAGUUAUAUGAUCAAUACGUUCACUGACCAAAAAAUGGAAUCACAAUCUAGCUCUCGAAUUUUCUAUACAUACAAUGUAGUCUUCCAUGGCUUUGCAGCAAGAUUGACAGAUAAAGAGGCUAAAAAGUUCACAAAAGUGCCGGGAGUUUUGGCCGUUUUAGCAGACAAGGUCACGGUAAAGUUAGACACUACCCAGUCCCCAGAAUUUCUUGGUCUGCAUUUGGAUUAUGGCCUGUGGCCGGAGACCAACUUGGGUGAGAAUGUUAUAAUUGGCAUUGUAGAUUCUGGAAUUUGGCCGGAGAGUGACAGCUUCAAGGACACUGGGAUUGGACCAAUACCCUCUAGGUGGAAAGGUGCAUGUGAACAGGGAACUGAAUUCAAUUCUAGUCAUUGUAACAGGAAACUCAUUGGUGCAAGAUUCUUCCUCAAGGGUAUUGAGCACUACAUGUCUGACAGAUUAUUGGAAGAACUUGGCGAAUAUCGAUCCCCGCGAGAUGGAGUGGGACAUGGCACACAUACUGCUUCAACAGCAGCAGGAUCCGAGGUGGCCAAUGCUAAUGUAUUUGGUUUUGCUAAUGGCACUGCUCGAGGCAUCGCAACAAAGGCCAGGAUUGCCAUGUAUAAAGCCUGUGAGGUUUUAUGUUCCGAGUCUGACUAG